AUGGUCCUAAAUAGAUGUCUCGUCGUGGGCCACAGAGGCUUCAAAGCAAAGUACACUGAGAACACUCUAAACGGAUUCUAUCAAUGUUUCCAAACGGGGGCCAAAUCCUUCGAAACAGAUGUCUGGACAACCAAGGAUCAUGUUUUGGUUAUUUCUCACGACGUCAACACAAAACGUAUUUUCUGUGACGAAGACGGAAAUGAGGCUGACUACAAUAUUUUAGAGACGGACUACGAGGUCCUCAAGCCGCUCCGCACAAUUGCCUCGGGUGAACCGCUUCUCAAGUUCACCGAUGUUUUAGAAUGGUUUUUGGCCUAUGUCAAACAGCAUGAGGCCGAAAACGACUAUAGGAUCAUGUUAGACUUGAAGGCGGCCAACCCGCCAGUAAUUCUUAAACUUCUCAUGAAGGAUAUGCUUUCAGUGCAUCCCGAUCUCUCUUGGUGGUUUUCUAGAAUACAAUUUGGGGUAUGGCACAUGCGUUUUGUCAAGUACUUGAAUCAGGAUCCAGAGAUACAGAGUCUUUUACAGGAAGCGGGAAGUCACAAAGGCUACAAACAAUUCGAUUUGCUCCAUAUAUCGCUCAAUUGGCAGAGCUCGAUGUUGUUCUUGUCUUAUAACGAGUACUUGAACUCACUACCGAAGGACCGCUUCAAGUUUAAGGUCACUGGAGUCUCAAUCAUCUACACCAGCACAUGGUCGCCUUCAUUUGUGAAAUAUUUCUUGCCAGCGAUCAAAAAGCAAAACUUGUCUCUUUACUCAUGGACCAUCAACCUUAGACUGCAGUUGGAGUACUUCCGUCACUUGUGCUCAUUUGCAACAAUACAUGAAUAUGGCAUUAUCACUGAUCAUCCCGACAAACUAGAGAGCUUGUGCGAUGCUGAAGUCGUCAAUGUCGGAACUCCAAAGGCAUCUUUCUUCCAGCUACUUUUGAGCUACAUCCUCAAUGCGAUUAUACGUAUGCCCAAGGUGGACGAUGGAAGUUUCGAAUCGCCUGUUGAUCCUAUGAAGGCCCAUCCAGCUCGGAUGACACUCGGAAGGAGAAUGUUUGCAUUUUUACAACACAUGAAUGUUUUUUAG